AUGUCUUUUACCGUGCAAUCAAGGGGAUUCUUUCCCGUUUCCUCUGCUGCUAACAUGUGGGACCACAUGGAAUCUGCGACCAUGGCUGCAGCCGAUGAAGCGACUGGUGCUGCUGUCAGUCGUUCAUCAGCGCUUAAAGAACGAGUUUGCAUGGUUUUUUUUGAAAGCGGGGAGUGCCCAUAUAAUGACUACUGCGAGCACGCCCACCACUUUUCGGAGUUGGAUGCUGCCACACAGUCAAAGCUCCUCAACAGCGUUCCGAUGGAGUUGAUCCCCUUGCACUUUAUGGAUCCAAACUCGCCUAAGCGUCUGUCACUAACAGAUCAGAAAGGUUUAUUCGGUGGGAUUACACAUCACACUUCCUUUGGAUGCCCGAACUCUAAUUUCGAAAGUAGAGAUACACAGAAUUCUAAUAUUUAUGACAAUAUACAAAUUGCUACUCAUACACCGAAACUGACACCGACCCCCGGUCCGACCGUCCCAACUUUUUUUACAACCUCAACUACAGGGGCUCAAGCUUACCAACGCGGCAUUCAGGCUACCGCUGCAGCUGACUCGUUUCCACCAGCGGCAUCACUCCUGGAUGCAUCUUUCUCGAGCCACACAACAACAUCGUGUUACAGCAGUAGUCAUGGUAGCCCGACCCUAAGCAGUGCCUGCGUCCAAAUUAAGUCUGUACCAUCUCAAAAUUCACUGGAAGGCUUUCAGAUACAACUUCCUGCACGUUGUCAUUAUCCACACUCCAACAUCACUGGAACCUAUUAUGAUAUCCUCGGUGUUGACCAUAACGCUGUACAGGCUGAUAUCGUUGAUAAAUUUUGUGCGUGGCAGCGUGAGGGGUACAAACAAAUGCGGCUUGUCGACCCCAGUGGUGCUGAGGCUAGGGAUCGGCUAAUAGUGGAGGCGCGCAAUGUGCUUGGACACUCUGUGCUGCGUGCUCAGUAUGAUCGAUCUUUGGCAAACAAAAACAUCGAGAGUGUUCGCUCCAAAAUCGACACCGCUAAGAGCGCUCGCACGGGAACCAUCACGAAAAAUAAGAGCAGCAGCGGUAAAGGAAAGUGGAGAUCGUUAAAGCUUUAA